GUACAGUUUUUCAAAUUUCAAAUUUUUCUUCUCUGUCUCUCUCUCUCUCUCUCUCUUUUCUUGCUUCUUUUAUCUCAACCCCAAUUUCAAAUUUUCAAAAACAUCACAAACCAACAAAAAAAAAAACUCUUUUUUCUCUCUCAUUUCAUCAUCGAUUACUACUUGCAGAAGAACCUUCAUUUGAUUUUGAUCUGCAAAAAGGGUUCUUUUCUCCAAUGGGUGCUUCUGGAAAAUGGUUUAAAUCACUUCUUCCUCAUAAAAAAACCUCAACCUCAUCAACAAUUGAUCAAGAGAAGAAGUUUAAUGGUGAUAACAAGAUUAGUAGUACUAAGAAAAAAUGGAAGCUAUGGAAGACAACUUCAGAAGGGUCUUCUUCUUCUUCAACCUCCUGUAUGAGCAAGAGUGGUGCUGCUGUGUAUGAUUCUUCAGUGACUGCUACUGCUGCUGCUUUGGCUGUUGUUGUUCGAGCUCCGCCUAAAGAUUUCAUCAUCAUCAGACAGGAAUGGGCUGCUAUUCGUAUUCAGGCCGUGUUUCGAGCUUUCUUGGCAAGAAGAGCUUUGAGGGCAUUGAGGGCAGUGGUGAGGCUGCAAGCUAUAUUUAGAGGCAGGCAAGUGAGAAAACAAGCAGCUGUUACUCUAAAGUGCAUGCAAGCUCUUGUUAGGGUUCAGGCACACGUAAGGGCUAGGAAUGUUAGGAACUCUCCAGAAGGCAAAGCAGUGCAGCAGCUAAUCGACGACCAUCGCAACCAAGCUGAUUCUGUCAAACUUGUAGAGCAAGGAUGGUGCGAAAUUCCUGGAACUGCGGAUGAAAUUAAAGCAAAGCUAAGAAUGAGGCAAGAAGGAGCUAUCAAGAGAGAUAGAGCAAUGGCAUACUCUCUAUCCGCACAGUCAAGAAUCAGUGCUAGUCCAAACUCAAAAGUCGCAACAAAAUCAAUGACUCUUCUCAAGCAUCAUCACAACCUUGACAAUAACAAGAGCUUAGGAAAUAGCUUGUUAGAACGCUGGAUGUCGACCAAACCAUGUCCAUGGGAGAGUCCAAUAUCAAGCAGGAAGAGUGAAGAACUUGUUUCUAAUUUUCAAUCAAGAAGGAAUGGUGUAACAACUAGGAUUUCAGCUCUUAAAAUCUGUCAGCAAACUCCAUCAUCUUCGACAAUAAGCUCCGAAUACAUGAAUGAUGAUAGCCUUAGAUCAACUUCAAGUACAUCUGAAUCUCCAUCUAUGCCAUUCACCAAUACUGUUAUGGCGGAAACAGGUGAAGAAAAAGAUGUUCAUCUACCUAGCUACAUGAAUUUAACAGAAUCAACUAAGGCUAAAUUCAAAGGUUAUAGGUCUACUUCGCAGAAUUCAAAGAGACUCGCAAUGGACGAUUGUAUGUCUCAUAACACAAGUUCAACCUUUCUGAAUGGAUAUAAUAGUAUAAGCAGUUCUGGUUCUGAUCCUUCGGUUAAUCCAUGGAAGGAUCGUUGCACAACGCCACUAAGGGCAAGCUAUUAUCAAAAGCGAUAUGGCAGGAGAUAGAGAAUUUGUCUAACAGUUGCAGUUUGAUGUGUCUACUUUCAAUGAGUUCAACAACUUGUUGUCCAUUGUCAUCUUGACACAGCGAGAUGAACGGGCUUGGUUUUUCUGCAGUCACAAAUUCGACGCAUUUGGGAAAGUGGCUAAUUUAUAUUGUAGAUGAAAUAGUCUUUUAUGUGAGUUUUAAUUUUGUGUUGACAACAAGUGAGAAAUGAAAUAGCAAACUAUUGCACUACAUCAAUUUACAGUGUGUUUUACUCUAAUAUAUA